UCUUCUGGGGAAUUCUUGGAACUGUUCAUUCCACUUGAUAAACUUUCUGGGUUCUUUCGUCUGUACAUUUCUUUUAAGCUUUUGGGUGUUUAAAUUCAGUGUUUUUAGUAACUUGUGUGGUAGUUUUGAGGAAUUUGAGGGUGGUGGUAUUGAUGGAUAGGAUGUAUAAUGGAUAUGAAAAUGGGGUGGUGAUGACAAGGGACCCAAAGCCAAGAUUGAGAUGGACUGCUGAUCUACAUGAUCGUUUUGUUGAUGCUGUCACUAAGCUUGGUGGACCUGAUAAAGCAACUCCCAAGUCGGUGCUAAGGUUAAUGGGAUUGAAGGGCUUGACACUGUACCAUUUGAAGAGUCAUUUGCAGAAGUAUAGACUUGGACAGCAGGCAAAGAAACAAAAUGCAGUAGAACAAAACGCCGAGAAUAUUGCAGGGGAGUCCUGUGGACAAUUCAGUUUUCAUUCCCCAGGACCAAGUAUCACUUCAUCAAGCAUGAGUGGUAUGCAAGGAGAAGCUCCAAUUAGUGAGGCAGUGAGGUCUCAGAUUGAAGUCCAGCAAAAAUUACACGAGCAGCUUGAGGUUCAACAGAAACUACAAAUGAGAAUAGAGGCACAGGGAAAGUACUUGCAGGCAAUAUUGGAUAAAGCUCAGAAGAGUCUGUCCACUGAUAUGAACUCCCCUAAUGCUGUCAACGAAACAAGAACUCAACUUACAGAUUUCAAUUUAGCUCUGUCUAAUUUAAUGGAUUACAUGGACGGAGACAACCGGGAUGAAACUGUUGCAGGUAAAAGGAUAGAAGAUGAUGCUAAUAACAAUCUAAGAAGGUCUACGUACUUGAGGGAGGGAGAACAAAUGAACAAUAUGAAUAUUAAGCUUGAAGAAACUUCCAUUAGCUUCGAUUUAAACUCCAGAAGUAGCUAUGACUUUAUUGGCAUGAAUUCAGCUGCAUUGGAAGCCAAACCACUUUCAAAUGGAAGAUUGGAAAUAUAAUGUCUUAGUUUUUGUUUUCUCUAUUUCUAAUCAUACAAGGUCAAGUGUAUUGUAUUUGACUCAAAAAAAUGCUAGGAACUGGUAUAACUUGUUACAUGAAGCUCUCAUUCAAGAUAAAUUGUCAUUUGUCUAUGUAA